CGUCAUGCCGCACGGGUUGCUGGUCAGCGUUCGAUGAUGGCGACCCGGUGGAGAUCCUGGAGUCGAGUCCGGACCGGGAUUCUUUACAUUGUAAUGGGGGUGAUUUGCACCGUGCUUGAACCCAGUGCCUGUUACACAUGUAAGCAUCGAGCCCCCGACUUUAGAGAGGUGAUUUAUCAAGUUUAUAUACAACCACCUCGAAUUACCAGGAGGAGUGUUGAUCAGCAUCUAAGAAUAAAAAUUGUGUAUGAUUUGAGCAUUGAACAUCUUCACUUGGAUAAAAAGAAUUUAGUAAAGAACAAACUGUUUCCAAAGGCAAUUACUUAUUUACAAAACACAUUCCAGGUUCGAAAAGUAAUUGGUCCAAUUCUGCUAAGCAGACCAUGUGCAACAAAUCAGUAUUUGAGAAAAAAAGAUGAUCCAUAUAUGUAUUGCCAAGGUGCCUGUGCUAACAUCGCAAGAUGUGGCCCUGUGAUUGUACCAGAAGAGCAUUUGCAGCGAUGUAGGAUGUGCAGUGAAAAUGGAAACUCUUGUGGAUCUGCAGGGUUGACUGAUGGUCCAGGGGUCAAGGAUGCUGAUUUUUUACUGUAUGUGAGUGCACUAACAACAGAACGCUGUGGACAAGAGGAUAUAGUCGCCUAUGCGGCAUAUUGUCAACUGGAAGCAGAAUUGGACCGGCCUAUUGCAGGUUAUGCAAACUUAUGCCCAAGUAUGAUCCCCACUGAGCCACAGGAGUUUCAAGGCAUGCUGUCCACUGUUAAACACGAAAUUGUCCAUGCAUUGGGUUUUUCUGCAGGACUUUUUGCAUUCUACCGUGAUGAUGAGGGGAAACCUCUAACUGUGCGAAAGGCAAAUGGGCUUCCACCUUUCAAUGAGUCACUUGGAUUAUAUCAAUGGAGUGAAAAAGUUGCACGCAGGGCAAAGAGGUUAUGGAAUGUUCGAGGAAACAAACAGCUUAAUCAUGAAGUUCUUCUUCUUGUAACUCCUCGAGUUGUUAAUGAAGCAAUGACGGGGUCUCAUACACAGAACAGGGUAUUCUCCAGAUUAACCUUGGCAGCAUUAGAGGAUACUGGUUGGUACAAAGCCAAUUACAGCAUGGCAGAGAAAUUGGAAUGGGGUGAAGGCCUGGGCUGUGAUUUUGCAAUGAAUAGCUGCAAGUUCUGGAUUGACCAACAACGGAAGAGGAAUAAGAAUGUGACUCCAUAUUGUGACACACUGAGGACCUCGCCGUUACGGUUGAUGUGCCGGCAGGACCAAAGGGCUGUGGCAGUUUGUAACUUAGAGAAGUACCCAGUUCCUGUGCCAGCAGAAUACCAGUAUUUUGACCAUCUUGAUGGUAUUCCGGAGAAAGAGUUGCAGUACUAUGGUGGAUCAGUGGAGAUAGCUGAUUACUGUCCUUUCGCCCAAGAAUUCAGCUGGUACAUCAGUGGGGAAUUCCAACGUGGUUCUGAUUGCAGGAUUUCUCAAAAUCAGCCAGAGCCUUCUCGUAACUAUGGAGCUGAAGAAUACGGACCAGAAUCCAUCUGCCUAAUUCAGCAAUCGUAUUUUAUUAUGCAACAGUGCAACAAAAUGCCAAGAUCUCCAGACUGGGGGAGUGGGUGCUAUAGGAUUUCCUGUUCUACUGAUGGGCUGAUCGUUUGGGUUUCAAAUAAAUCUUUCUUAUGCAGUCGAACGGGACAGGUGCUCCCUGUUAACGUGAAGUUGAAUGACUGGGUGUACACAGGAAGUUUAGUAUGUCCAUCUUGUUCUGACUUCUGCACUGCUUGUCCACCAGAACGUGAUCCACCGCUAAGUAAUUUCACAAAGAUGACUCUUAUAGAUCCGUGCUCCAGCUCAUCGGGUUUAGUCAUUACUCUUUGGCUAGUGCUGACUAACUUUCUGCCCCUUAUGGUAGGAUUCCUCCUUUGUGUAUGGAACUAAAUUCAACCACACUUUCCAUUAAAGGAUCUAGUUAAAGCUGUUCUGUGUAGAUCAGAACACUGCUACAGCAAGGCACUAAUCUUCAAAAAUGCAUUAUUUGCUUUUCCCACGUGACUGAAUUUUGUUUAUGAAGAAAAAGUGCAAAUUUUGCUGAACUGCUACAAGAAACCAUGACUCUUAUGAAAAGGGUGCUACUACUGUACUGUAUCAAACAAAGCUGAACUACCUCUGCAGUACAAAAAUGAUUGAAGAUGUAAUCUCUUCUACAAUUGAACACAUCCAAUUAUUUAUUGUAAAUCAUAUUCAUUUUGAACCUCUUGUAUAUAUGGUAUUGAAUUGCACAGAUUUUUACUCAUGAUCUAUCCUACUGUUACUAUUUGCACAAGUGUCACUUGUUUUUUUUUGGUAUAUUGUCUUGGUUACUUCAAAACAAUCCUAUAUAAGUAAUCCUGUUUAAAAUGGAACAAUUUUGCUAGCACUGCAAAUGCAUUUGUAUUAUUGUCCUAAUCUAAGAAAAAGCCUACCUUUAAAUGUUUUUGUUUUGAUGUAAUAUUACUCUUCUCAUGUGUAACCUCUUCUGUUAUUUCUUAUACUGCACAGUCAGUCAUUAUUAUUAAUGGCUAUAACCUUGGUUACCAUGGAAGAUAGUGGAGCCUCUCAUUAAGAUUAUGUUGGACUUUAUUUAACACAAAAUCUAAGGGGUAGAUUAAAAUGUUGAACGCAGCUGCAUCAAAGCUUUCUCUUCUUCAGACCCUUAGUUGCUCAGUGAAUUCAGACACUGAAUCAUUAUGUAAAUAAUUCGAGAUGACUUGGGCCCAAAUAUCUUGGUCCCCUGUAUGAAAUACUUAUAAGCCAUUAUUUGUAAUGGUGCUGCCCCACUCCCCUUAACUAUGCUCAACAAGAAAUUAGCACUUUAAGGUUCAAAGGAGGAAAAACUGGUGAAAAGAUGUAUUUUUAUCAAUUUUUUUAAAGACCUUAUUUAAUAUAACCUUUUACAUGGCACCACCCAAGUAAUUACCAAAGUUUAUAGAAAUUCAUAAUUACCAUUACCCAAAAUCAUAAAGUUUAACCAUAACUAAGUUUACACUUAGCUAACAUCCAUAAACUUUUGCUUGUUCUGUGUUGGCCAGAUUAUGAUAGUGCAAUAUAUUUUGAAAGCACUUGAAAUUAUUUUCAGUUUCUUGUUUAUAAGUCAACAAUUUUGUAGUGAUAUGACAAAGAAGAUUUUUUUAAAAAAUCUAUUGGAAAGAAAUUUGUCCUUGUUUGCUGGUGCUGGAAGCAUGAUAUAGAAAUGGCUGCUAUUGGUACCCUUCUUCAAAGUUCAAUUCUGUUGAUUUCAAUGAAAGUAUUCCUUCAAGUAGCAGUAAUUCUCUCAGAUAAAUAAUCCUUUGGAUGGCUAGUUUGGUCUAUCUGCAACAUUGAGUAGUAAUUUAAUUUGUUUGUAGCAUUCAACACCCAGUAUCAUUGCACAGUAUAUUUUACUUCUAAAAAUCAUUUAUGUUGAAAUUGCUUCAAAUGUCAAUUUUCAUGUUUGACUGUAGUACCAAAACAAUCAAAAAUGAUGCUCAGACAAAAAAAAAGCCAUUUGUAAUCAUUUUGAAUUGUCUGUGGUCUAUUUGGCAUCAGGCCUCAAGCUAAUAAUGAAAACAAGUAAUUUUAAAUGACACAUAAAAUAGACUUUGACUUUCCACUGAUCUAGUACAUGAUUUUCUCAAAAAUGGUUCAUGAAUUUGUUGUACCAAGUUGGUGGACACUAAUGACACUGUUGCAUUCAAAAAGCAAAUAUACUAAUAUUUUUUCAAGUUACUUGAAUUAUAUUAAACUUUGUUUUGCACUUUUUGAAUGUAGUUCUUCAGAGUGUGAUCGGCAUAGCUCAGGUUAUGAAUAUUGAACAUCAGCUACAUUCAUAUAUAAUUAAUACAUAUCAACAUUCCAGAUCAAGUAAACACUUUCUGCUCUUUAUAUUGUGUUGUUGAUAACUUAAGUUUAUUUGUAAUGAAAUGUCAUUUUAUUGGACAAAGCUGCUUUGGGGAAAAACAAUGUGCAAUGUAUCAGAUCUUUUUCAGAUUUUUUUUCUCAAUAAAUAUAAAUAAGAAAGUUGUAAUUAACAACUGUUACAUUUGGUUUGUGAAGAUAUGGCUACAUGUAUUUUAGCUUUUUUAUAUUUUGAAUUGAUAUUGGAGGUUUUUCCGUUUAUGCUUUUGGCAACCAGAUCCAGAAGUACAUUGACCAUCACGGCUGAGUCAAAUGUGGAAACGUCUCAGAAUAAA